CGAGCAGGCGGCUCAACUUCUCCAUCGCGCGCUGUAAUCGCCAUAACUGGAUCCGAGGAUAGCUACGGUUAGGGCUCGCGGAGUGCCUGUAGCUGGUGUGAAUCAGGAUGGGAGACAAGCCAAUCUGGGAACAAAUAGGAUCCAGCUUUGUUCAGCAUUACUAUCAGCUGUUUGACACCGACAGAACUCAGCUUGGAUCAAUAUAUAUUGAUGCGUCAUGUCUUACGUGGGAAGGACAGCAAUUCCAGGGAAAAGCAGCGAUUGUUGAGAAACUCUCCAGCCUGCCCUUCACAAAAAUAGCCCACAGCAUAACAGCACAAGAUCACCAGCCCACACCUGACAGCUGCAUAAUGAGUAUGGUAGUAGGACAACUAAAAGCCGACGAAGACCAGGUGCUGGGCUUCCAACAGACCUUUCUGCUGAAACAUUACAGCAAUGCCUGGGUUUGCACCAACGAGGUCUUCAGGCUUGCUCUGCACAACCUAUGACCUCACAUGUGCUCUGUGAUCACAUGGCCUUCCCCUCUGACUGUGUGCAGAUGAUGAUCCCAUCAUGGGGUUCCAUCAGAGCUUCAUCCUGAAGAACAUUAAUGAUGCGUGGGUGUGCACCAACGACAUGUUCCGCCUAGCGAUCCACAACUUUGGCUAAAAAGCACCACGGCUGGCGGGGGAAAUGGGGGAAGGUGGAGAACGGGGCACAUCACCCCCAGUGAUGCCUGAACCUCAGUCUGCCCUUAAUCCAUCUUUUGAGAUUCAGCACCGGAUUCCAAGAAGUCAAAUCACAGAUGACACACCGGCACACUGUAGUGCCUCUGCUCCAGACAAGAGAAGUGUUUCUUUGCUGAAAGCCCACAGAUCCAUCAAAGCGACCCCUUUCCCCUCUGCUGAUGUGCAUGAUGAUGGCAAGCUCGAAUAUCAGAGGACACUGACCUGGGAAAAAAAAACAGACAUAUUAACAUAACUUCUGCCAGUUACUACUAUUUACAUUUUAGUUCUUGAGUGUGACUAUGAAUUAAUAACUGUCUUACCUGCCUUUCUUUAUCUGCUUGCUUUUAGAGUUUGCUUCUUGGCACUUUUUUUUCUUCUUCCUUUUCCCUCUUGAACAUUGGAGCCUCCAUUCAUUGUGAUGUCGGGUUGCUCUAGCUAUCCAAAGAAACAUUAAAGUAAACACCCCCCCCAGAUCCCCCACCCCUUAAGACCAGUGUGCUUCUCACCUUCUGCUCACUGCUCUGUCACAAUAAUUACCAAGCCACAAGACACAAUAAAACAUUUGACUUUUUCUUAA